GGAUACAAGGCUGCCCACUGUCUAAAUUCAUGGUAUUGCUCAAGUAAAAAACCGACCGGCGUAAUGGCAAUGAAAGUUUCGCAGGCUAUAUUAUAAGGGCCGCUCCCUACUUGGGUUGUUGAGAAAUGGAGGGCACCCAAAUGACAAGAAGAAUGUUCAUUCAAACGCUGUGGUUAAGCUACGCUCUGGCAUUCGCAUUAACCACCAUCAGCGCAAUACCUGUUCACAACAUCUCUUAUUCUCGUCAUCGCUUUCCUUUACGUAACCCUCCCAUGGAUGGAACAUUUUCUAUUGUGAAAGGCCGUAUGCUACUCGAGGAAGGCAAUGAAGAAGCUUUUGAGAAGAGGGAUGUGGAUGCUCUACUCUCUUUCAGAAAUGACAUUACAGCCGACCCCAUGCAGUCGCUUUCCAACUGGACUUCUACCAAUUCAGAAAAUGUGUGUUCGUGGAAUGGCGUUUCGUGCAGAAAGCAUACACGCAGAGUGGUUGCAAUCAUUCUCCCUCAAUUGGGAUUGGAAGGUAGCAUUUCUCCUUUCAUAGGAAACCUAUCUUUACUAGCUAAUUUGAAUCUCUCCAGUAAUUCUUUGAUGGGAAGCAUUCCACCUCAGCUUGGCCAACUGAAGGCGUUGAGAGUUCUCGACCUCAAAGAAAAUCAUCUGAUGGGUUCCAUCCCCACAUCUCUUGCUAAUUGCACACACCUUCAGUGGAUCAGACUUUCAAUCAACAACUUGACGGGGAGCAUACCAGAAGAAUUUGGUGGCCUGAUCAACUUACAGCAUCUCCGCUUGUCCCACAAUGGUCUCAGUGGAAGUAUUCCAAAUUCUCUCGGGAAGUGCACAUCUCUCCUUGAUUUGGCCCUUGGCUUUAACAGUCUCACAGGUAGGAUCCCUACUUCUCUCAGUAAUUGCUCUGAUUUAUCUAUUAUUGAUCUUCCGCACAAUGCCUUGACUGGUGGGAUCCCGUCUGAACUGGGAAGGUUGGAGAAAUUGCGAAGCCUUGGCCUCCACUCUAACAGGUUGGGGUCUCAAAUCCCUGCAGCGCUGGGCAAUUGUUCUUCACUUGAGGUACUCUUUCUGGGCGAUAAUUCGCUGACUGGCAAUAUACCACCUGAACUAGGAAAUUUGAAACAGCUUGUCCAAUUAUCACUGUAUGGCCAAGGCAAUCUUACAGGUUCUAUACCUGCAGAAAUAGGAAACUGUAGUAAUCUUGUGUGGCUUGAUGUUGGAUCGAACAAUCGAAUGAACGGUUCCCUGCCCCCGAGUAUCUUCAAGCUACCCUUAUCCACUAUUUCCUUGAUUAAUAACAAUUUUGGAGGGAGAAUUCCACUGGGCAUCUUAAAUCUUACCCAGCUAACCCACUUAGAUCUGGCCAUAAACAAAUUCAGUGGACCCAUUCCCAACGGCAUUGGAAAUUUGACAGAAUUAACCUAUCUAUUUUUGGGCGCAAACAAUUUAACAGGCACCAUACCCCAAGUAAUAACUAGAUUGACCAAGCUUGAAAUCCUUCACAUCGACAAUAACCAUUUGUCAGGGUUAAUUCCCGAGGCUAUAGGAAACCUCCAACAUUUGAAAUCCUUUGAUGCGAGUAAAAACAAUUUGACAGGCCUAAUUCCUGAGUCCAUGGGAAAGAUCCCAUCUUUGAAAUCACUUUAUCUGAAUUUUAACAGUUUCACUGGUUCUAUACCAAUUAGUAUUGGCCAACUCACGAAUCUUACCCAGCUGUCGCUCCGGAACAAUAACAUUUCAGGGAGUAUUCCUGAAACGUUCGGUGGUUUGGUCUCGCUAGAGGAGUUAAAUAUUGCAGAUAACAAUUUGGAAGGAAAAAUUCCAGAGGGUAUAAGUAAAUGUACUUCACUCAAGAGCUUAAUUUUGACUCAGAAUAAGCUGAGUGGAAAGAUUCCACCCUCCAUUGGCAGCUGCAACUUAAUCACAGAGUUGAUGCUAUCCAGCAAUAAUUUGUCUGGUAGAAUUCCCACCACACUUAGCAAUUGCACAUCUUUGAGGAGGUUAAAGCUGUCAAACAAUUCCUUCCAUGGAAAUUUGGAUAUGAUUUAUUCUUCUUCAUUGCAAGUGUUGUCUGCAAACGCCAAUAAGUUCUCGGGUACUCUGCCUGCAUCCUUGGCCAGUUGUAAGGAGCUUCAGCUUUUGGAUUUCAGAAGGAACCAUUUGAAUGGUGACUUACCUUGGUAUCUGGCGACUUUUCAAAAAUUGAGAGUUCUGAGUCUGGGCUAUAAUGAACUUCACGGUACUCUUCCUGCGUGGAUAGCAAACCUCACCAAUUUGCAGGUGUUGGAUUUAUCAAACAAUAAGUUUGAUGGAGGAAUACCCUCUAAUCUUGAGAAUCUCCAGGGGUUUGGAAUUCUGGGAGAUCCAAAACUGAGCGGAAAUACACUGUAUGAGGAGAUACCCAUUGCAAUAAAAGGGAAUGAGUACAGGAUGGAAUAUAUACUGGCAUCAAACACCAUACUUGAUAUAUCAAGUAACAAUCUCAACGGGAAGAUACCAGAAAGCAUAGGGAAUUUGAGCAGCCUGAGAUUAUUAAAUCUCUCUGGAAACCAUUUUGAAGGUGAGAUACCAGCUUCUCUUGGUCGGAUAUCGACUCUGGAGCAGUUGGAUUUGUCUAAAAAUAAGCUCACAGGGCGUAUUCCAGGGGAGCUCUCUUUGUUGUUCAAGUUGGCCAACUUGGAUCUAUCUUCUAACAGGCUGUGGACAGAUACCCAAAGGAGCGCAAUUCGAUACAUUUACUGCCAGGUCAUUCCAGAAAAACCUUCCAUGUUUAUGCGGGGGCCCUCUACAGAGUUGCAGCGCAAAUAACAAAACUGGUUUGCGCACAUUACCCUCGCCAUCAGAGGGUAAAGUCGAUUCACUAUGGAUUCGUAUUGAUGAAAAAGUGUCCAUUAUUGCUGUGGGUUUGGGCUUCGGGAUUGCAUUUGGUGGAACAAUGUCAAUGAUAGCAUGGUGGGACAGACUUCCACUUUGCAUUAGGGCCCUCAAAAUCAGAGCCUUCCAUGGAACUGCGGUUUCCGAAAGAAAUAUUUGGAGUUUGAAGUACAGACCUCGUUUUACAUUUCACUCGUCCACAACUACUGGUUAGUUGCUCCGCCUAUUCUUCAGAUUCACAUCGACUUGGUUUCAUUUCACUUGUACUUUAGGUUUUAUUAGUUUCUCUUACAUCAAGCAAUCUGUUAAUGGGGUUUACCUAUUUCCGACAUUGUCAAGAGUUUUAAGCAAAUAACUAUAGAUGCAGAGCAGAAUAAAGUAUGUUAUUCACCUUGCCAAGCUAAAUAAACUACGUACGCUGUAUUGAGUAUAUGGUAAAAAAGGGAUAUAUUCCUCUUCUCUCAA